CCUCCGCUCCGACGUCAGGCUGGGAGCGGGAGGCAGCGCCCAGCGCCGCCGUUGCCAGAGACUCGGCGGCCGCCGGACGGGGCGGACGUCGGGGCGGCGACUCCCGGAGCGGCGGGGGGUGGGGAGGAGGCGCUAUGGCCGACGUGUUCCCGGGCUCCGAGCCCGGCGCCGACCCGGAGGCGGCGCGGCGCUUCGCUCGCAAGGGCGCCCUGAGGCAGAAGAACGUGCACGAGGUGAAGGAGCACAAAUUCAUCGCGCGCUUCUUCAAGCAGCCCACCUUCUGCAGCCACUGCACCGACUUCAUCUGGGGAUUUGGGAAGCAAGGAUUCCAGUGCCAAGUUUGCUGUUUUGUGGUUCAUAAGAGGUGCCAUGAGUUCGUUACCUUCUCCUGUCCUGGGGCUGACAAGGGACCCGACACUGAUGAUCCCAGAAGCAAGCACAAGUUCAAAAUCCACACCUAUGGGAGCCCCACGUUCUGUGACCACUGCGGGUCUCUGCUCUACGGGCUCCUGCACCAGGGCAUGAAAUGCGACACCUGUGAUAUGAAUGUUCACAAGCAAUGUGUGAUCAACGUCCCGAGCCUCUGUGGCAUGGACCACACAGAGAAGAGAGGAAGGAUUUAUCUGAAAGCUGAAGUCACUGGUGACAAACUGGAAGUUACAGUGAGAGAAGCAAAAAACCUCAUUCCCAUGGAUCCGAAUGGACUUUCAGAUCCUUAUGUCAAACUGAAGCUCAUCCCAGAUCCUAAGAAUGAAAGUAAACAGAAAACAAAAACCAUCCGUUCUACCCUGAAUCCCGACUGGAAUGAGUCAUUCACGUUUAAAUUAAAACCCACGGACAAGGAUCGCCGGUUAUCCGUAGAGGUCUGGGACUGGGAUCGAACAACCAGGAAUGAUUUCAUGGGGUCUCUCUCUUUUGGGGUGUCAGAGCUUAUGAAAAUGCCAGCCAGUGGAUGGUACAAGCUGCUGAACCAAGAAGAGGGUGAAUACUACAACGUUCCAAUUCCAGAUGCUGAUGAGGAUGGAAAUGCAGAGCUCCGACAGAAGUUUGAGAAAGCCAAACUUGGGCCAGCUGGUAACAAAGUCAUUACUUCAACAGAAGACAAGAACUCAAGUGUGCCAUCCAACAAUCUGGACAGGGUGAAGCUGACAGAUUUCAACUUUCUCAUGGUUCUUGGAAAGGGGAGCUUUGGCAAGGUGAUGCUGGCAGACAGGAAGGGCACGGAGGAGCUCUAUGCCAUCAAAAUCCUCAAGAAGGACGUGGUGAUCCAGGACGAUGACGUGGAGUGCACCAUGGUUGAAAAACGAGUGCUGGCACUGCAGGAUAAGCCCCCGUUCCUGACACAGCUCCACUCUUGUUUCCAGACAGUUGACCGGCUGUAUUUUGUGAUGGAAUAUGUCAAUGGUGGGGAUCUCAUGUAUCACAUCCAGCAAGUAGGAAAAUUUAAGGAGCCUCAAGCAGUGUUCUAUGCAGCUGAGAUCUCAAUUGGGUUAUUCUUUCUCCAUAACAGAGGGAUUAUUUAUAGAGAUCUGAAGUUAGACAAUGUGAUGUUGGAUUCAGAAGGACACAUUAAAAUUGCUGAUUUUGGAAUGUGCAAGGAGCACAUGUUGGAUGGGGUAACAACCAGGACCUUCUGUGGCACUCCAGACUACAUCGCACCAGAGAUUAUUGCUUACCAGCCCUAUGGGAAGUCUGUGGAUUGGUGGGCAUACGGUGUGCUGCUCUAUGAGAUGUUGGCUGGCCAGCCUCCAUUUGAUGGGGAAGACGAAGACGAACUCUUCCAGUCCAUCAUGGAGCACAAUGUUUCCUACCCAAAAUCUCUGUCCAAAGAAGCUGUCUCCAUCUGCAAGGGGCUGAUGACUAAACAUCCAGCAAAACGCCUUGGCUGUGGCCUGGAAGGUGAGAGAGACAUCAGGGAACACGCUUUCUUCAGGAGGAUCGACUGGGAAAAAUUGGAGAACAGAGAGAUUCAGCCACCUUUCAAACCUAAAGUGUGCGGCAAAGGGGCCGAAAACUUCGAUAAGUUCUUCACACGAGGACAGCCGGUGCUGACGCCUCCGGAUCAGCUGGUCAUUGCCAACAUAGACCAAACAGAUUUUGAAGGGUUCUCUUACGUCAACCCCCAGUUCGUGCACCCCCUUGUAGAAAAUGUAGCAUGAAACAGCAGAACGAAUCCCGCCACAGGGAACAGCUGUAACCCUACAAUUUGCAGGCCUUCGCCUUGUUGAUUCCAUUUGGGCCUGGAAAUUGUAGGGUUAGAGGGUGUGAAGAUGAGGGAAGGGCCACUUAGUCAGGAUUUGGGCUUUGCAGCAGUGAUGUUGUCUUAACAGGACAUAGAUUAGUUACGGUGCCCACUUUUUCUUCUAGGAGUCGCCACCGACUCGUUGAAAGUCACUUGUUCAAAGUUGCCCAUGUUUUGGUACGUUCUAUAUUUUGUAACUUCCCACUGUCCUUUUGCUCCCCUUUCCACCCUGUUGUGUUGGAAAAACACCUGACACGUGGUCUGGAGGAGAAACCACCUCGGGUAUUUAUUCCUUGGGGGUGGGAGCGUCCUCCCCGCGCUCCCGGAGGCUCCAGGGGCAGAUCCAGAGACUGAGCAGGGUCAGCCCCAGGGGGGAGAGGAAUUGCAAAAACAUUGCUGAAAGCAAAAUAUAGCAAGGAAAAAAAAAAAGCUGGGGAUGGGUGGGAAGGGGAUGAAAUCAAAUUAGAGCCUGAGGCUUGGAGAACCCAUCCUGUAAGAUCUGAAUAAAAGCGCUCGGGUGGUGGCCACACCUCUAGGAUUUGUGCUGAGAGUAGCAUGUGAUAAACUCAAGGGUGAAAUUUUGUCUUUAAUAAUAAUAAUAAUAAUAAUAGUAAUGAUAAUAGUAAUAAUUUUAAUAAUAUUUUUGUGAAUUUUUAAUCUCCAUGAGAUUAUUCUGUGAUCCAGGGUGCCAUUGUCUGUUCAGUUGGUUUAAUUUACACCGCUCCUCAAGUUUACUGUUAACUGGUUCUAAUACCAAUAUUUUACUAUGAAAUUUAUUAACCUGGAAUAUAAAAACUGUAAUUCCUUAAAUCUUAUUUAUGUGUGUUUAUUUAUAGUCUGCAGUGUAGAGCAGUAAAUUGAAGAAAGCAUUAUUAUACUAAAUUAACAAAAAAAAUGUAGCCCCGAGUGACUUCCUGAUUUCUCCAGAAUAACUCAUGAAAAUCAAGUGAGAUUUAGUCUUAAAUAAUCAGUUUUAAUUCAGAAAACUUUGGGCUGUAGAAUAAUCAAGCCUGAAAGAAGCAGCACCUAAAACUUGUUUUAUUGGUAGAAUGGAAUUUAAUACGUUUUACAUAUGCUUCAUGCAAUGAAUUUUGCAUGUUUAGUAAUAACUCUUAAUAAUAAGGGUUAAUAAUAAGCAGAUCUAUAUUAUUGACAUAAUCGUAUCAAGCAUAAAGAGUAUUAUAAAAAUUUUAUAAAACAACUUGUGCUUUAUUUGUGAAAGUUCCUGUUCUGAAUGACACCAUUUAGAUUUAGCUAAAUGUUUUCUUGCUAUUGUUUUGAUUUUUACUUUAGGUUUUGAAUAUUGUUACUGGCUUAGGGUAUAAUCUCUUUUUUUUAAAGUAGAUAUACUUUUAAAUAAUAAUCGCUACCUGCAGGUUUUAUACGAGGUUCAAUUAGGCUUUCAUUUCACAUCUGCUUAUUACUUGCAGAGAAGGAAAUAGACUUUAUUUGCAAUGAUGAACACUGUAAUUAAUGCAGUCUUCUCCUCUCCUAUCUCUUAGAUUAAAAUUUUUGAUAUUUCCUCUUACAAUUUACCAGAAGAUAUUAACUCAAAUAUCAGUAAAUAAUGUUUUGUGCAUAUUUUGGGUUUGUUACAGCAUGUAAAAUAGUAGUUGGUGCAUUUCCCUUUUUUUUCCCCUCCUGCCUUGAUCCCAUUAGCAGCCACAGGCACUUUUUGUCUGUCAGAUGUGCAUGAUGAUGCCAGAAGCAUGAUAUCUCUGUUGCUGCAUGCAGACUGAUUACAGUUUUUCCAGCAUGUAAACAUAUUCAAAAAGUAAGAUAUUUGCCAUAAAAUACUUCAAUUUAUACUAGAACAUGUAAUGGGGUGGGGUGGGGAGGGGAAACCUACUUUUUAAUCAUCUUUUAUGACAAUAAAACAUGGAACCUGUGCCAAAGAUUCUGUCAGAAAGAUCCAAUCCUGCCAGGUGGGAGCCAGAGGGGUGGGCUGGGGGAGUUGGGCACUUCUUGAAGGAAGCAGGGUUGGGUGUGAAGGGCAACUGGGUUGAGCUUCUGCACCUGCAGGACCCUUGGAAAAUGUGAUUCAGGGCCAGGGUGUGCAAUUUCCACACUGCAGGAGUCCAAGUGUUGCCCUGUCUGUCCUUUUGUGCCCCCAGCUCCCUCGAGGAGCAUCUUGGAGUGAUCAAGCCCUGACAUUCCAAGGUUCCAGCUGACAGGAGCUCACGUGGUUGCCUAGACAAACAGCACUCCAAACUUCUCAAACGUUUUAGGAGUAAAAUUUUUAAACUGUUCUGUGUCAAGACUGGGAGUUCAUUUUCUCCUUUGUAUAUUAUGUACUUCAGUAGUAUUCACCAUAAAGUAUGUGGCCUACUGCAGCAUUCAUGACUUUUUUUCUUCUUUUUGUUCUGAUUAUUAUUAGCCUGACAGUGUUUAGUAGAACCUGGGUAGAAAUCAUUCUGUAGAAGAUAAUAGAUUGAAUUAAUAUAAUGGAUUACUGAGCCUCAGAUUUUAAUAAAGAAGGGGCUCUCAUCUAUGCCAGUCUGCCAAGAGAUGCCAUUGAGCUUGUUUAAAAAUGUGAAGAAGACACUUUAGAGAAAGGAAAAUACUGGGAGAAAUAUCAGGUUUGGGAAGUAAGCAAAGCACAACAGGGGCAGAACUGAACCAAGCCAGAAACCCUGGGUGGACGCUCCCACAGUUCUGUUUUCCUGAUGAAAUCUGAAUUUUCCAAGGAAGUCCCAUUGCUGGCACAGCAGUGACAGUGGGUGCUGUUCACACCAGGACAGAGCAUCACAGGGCUGCUCUGGCACUGGGACAGGGCUGCUCUGGCACUGGGACAGGGGACAGACCUGCUCAUUUUCUGGCUGCUUCUCAUACCCAGUUUCUUCAGCCCUUAUGUUUGUCUCCCAGUUUUUCUGACGUAGAAGCAGAAAUUCCUCUCUAACGUCGUUACCUCAGGUCCCCAGGCUGGUGACACAUGUGAAACCUCUUCUGGAGGUUCUGUAACACUUAGGAAAGCUACUGUGAACUCCUGGAUCCUGCAGGAGCGAGGCGGGGUUGGAUAAAGCAGGGAUCAGUUGUGUUACCCUCACUGCCCCUUCCUGAUGCCCUCACAUGCUCUGACCUUCCCCAAGAACUCCCACUGGCUGCUCAGAAUCCAGAAACUUAAAAUGGCAAGGAAAACCUGAAGAAUCCAGCCAGAAUUUUCGUAUCUUUUUAGACACAGAUGUUAUUUAUAUAAUAUUUUUCACAAGAUUUGGGUUUCUAGAGAACAUGUAUCAACAGAAGGAGAGGCAUUAGAGCUGCUUCUCCUUCACUUGUGUUCGAUAGCAAAUGUAAUCCCAACACCCACGUUGCCACCAAGAUUCCCAAAAGGCAAAUUGAAAAUUGUACUGUUUAAACCUGGGGUGGAAGUUUGGGGAACUGUGAUUGAAAAUUGUCCUGCACUGAAGCUGGGGUGGAAUUUUGGGAGCUGUGUUUCCAUCCCUGUGCUCUGGUCCCAGAUGGUUCCAGGGCAGCCCCAUUCCUGCAGGGAGAGGCACAAAUCUGCCCUGUGAAAUUUCAAAGGGGUUUUCAGGGAUCAGAUGGGACUUAACUGGCUCCUAGGCAAAUUUUGUCAUUAUUCAGGCAUCUGGAUGUUUUUAUGCACCUUUGAGUGACCAGAGCAGGGUGUGGGACUCCAGGACAACCAUUUCACCCACAGGCUCGGUGCUCUGAGCAAGGUUGCCACAUAUGUGAGGAGGAGAGAGCACAUUCCCAUGAUAAAAUACUCCUUCUUAAUCCAGUCUGCAGGGGAAAUGCAAUUUAGCUUUCUGAUUCUUCAUUCUUUCGGAAAUACAAUUGAAUUUCCCUUUGCAAACUGAAGAAAGUUCUUCUGGAAAUCAGCAGGUGGUUUAAAAAAACCUCAUCACGUCUGAAUGCUGCUGGCCUUUGAAAUCCAUCCUGUCUUUUGGGGUGAAUCCAAUUCAGUAAUGCUGGGCUUCUAUAGAAUUAAUAAGCUCGAGCAAGAGAGGAACUUGUCUUCUAGCUGGAAGGAUGACAUGUCCAAGGAUGGAGUGGUACCAGUUGAAAAGUGUUUUCUGAGCUGGUGCUCAGUUAAAUGCCAUAGGAGACACAUGCAGUGAGCAGGGAUCCUCCUUAGCAAAGCAUAGCAUUGGAAAUAAUUAAUAAUAAUAAUAAUAAUAGUCCAGUAAUAAAGCUUCAAUACCAGUAGAAAGCAUAUUUACAGUAUAUCAAGUUUACAGUAGGCUUUUGGACCUGCCAGGAAACUUCUGGAAAUAUUUAAUGUGAUUUUCAGUUCUUUUAGCCAUUAGCAUAAGUUAUUGUGCAUAGGGGUUUUUGUCUCUUUGCAAACGUGGGUGUGGGCUGUGUUUGAUGUGUCCCCUCUAGGUGGGCACCGAGCUGCCAAGUAGUCAAAAAGAUAAACUAAAAGCACUUUUUUCCCUCGGCCCUGCACUCGUAGAUGGGAUCUGAAAUAGCUGAGUUGCAGAAACAAGAUUUCACUCCAUAACCAUGCCUGAUUCCCUCACUGUGCCAGGAACAAUUGGGAAUUAAAUAGCCUUACAAUGAGUGAUCUUCAUGCACUACAGCCCUCCUGGUGCCAGGAAAACCUUCAGAGGGAGAGGGCCCUUGUUAACCUCUGCCUCACUCACCUCACCUGCACAAAGGGGUGAUGACACUGACCCCACAGGGAGGGACUUCUUAGGCAACGUUUCUAAUUCACUUUUAAUCUGAAAAGAGUUGUGUAAGUAUUAUUAUAAUUUUUAAUAUUAAAUCAGCUUCUUGGAUUCACAUGGUACUGCUGGCUAUACCAUGCUGUUUCUACUUUUUUAUAGAACUUUAGUAACUCUGCUGAAACCGUUUGAAGAGAAAUAAAACCAGAUCUGAUAACGUUUCUUACAGAAUCUGGAGUGCAGCUUUUGUACCUGGAGUCAGGCUGUGGCAGGGAGUGAUGCUUGCUGAUUGUGUAGGUCAGCUGCACUUACCUCUUUCCCAGCUACUGAGAUUUUUAUGUGCAAUUUAAAAAAUUCCACGUCGAUGGAAGUCUUAGCAGAGCUGAUUCUUGGAGGGGGAGAUUCCCUUUGGAUAAAUAAAGUCAGCACAGCUGUUUUCUAGAACCAUUUUUACUGACUCCUGCUGAAGGAGGAGCUCUGUUCUUUGUGCAGCUGGUCCGUCCAUGAAAGGUCGAUAUUUUCUGUUGAUGUUUUAAUGUAUUUCUGUGUUGUAAAUGUGUCUUUGUGCUUUUAUUUUUCCCUUGCCUGUGACACUGUAGUUCAGAUUUAAAAGAAAACUGCUCCAGAAACUGGUUUUUUUUCUUCCACUGAUGUCAGUUGACCUAAAUAAAUAAAUUAAGUCUGUUAAUGAUUUGAAACAGUGCAGGAUGAGUAGCAACAACCUCGACACUCAGCUGCUGUAGAAGCUCAUUUCUCACUCUGGUUACAUUGGACACUCUGCAGCUGAUGUUUUCAUUAGUUUCAUAAUUAUUAAUGACAGGAACGUUUUAAUAGAAGGAAAAAACAUCAUUUAAAGGAAAAUUAUGUUCAUGGUCUUUACAAACAUUUUCCUGAGAACGAUUUGAAUUUCUUUUCUUUCUCUCUGAAGCCCUUGAGGUGACAGAGCCAAGGGCUGCAUCCUUGCAGAGCUCCAUACACUCCUGGCUUGGCUUCCAAGGCACCCAGGGCACCACAGAGCUCCCUGGGUGCUGAGAGCCCCAGUUCACUGAAAAUAUUAAUUAUAUUAUGUGUUUGUACCCACUGUUGGCCUUGGAGUAUAAAAACAAUGUUCUUGCAGGAGUCAUAAAAAUUUAAUCUAUGGCUCGUUCCCCAAACCUUUCAUUUGUUCUCUCCCAUGUUAUCAAAAUGAAUGUUAAAAAAAGAAUUUCAACAAAAUGAAGCUUGUUGGCUCUUUUUAAAGUGUGAAUUUCCCAAUACUCUCUGGUUUUGCACAAAAAUACAGAGAACACCUGAAACUUCUCAGGUGACUGUAUGCUACUUCAAUUUUUUUUUAAACAUGGAGUAAUGCCACCUUGAACUCAUUAAUAUUUUUAAUAUUAAGACUCAAAUGUUGUUUUUAUAUGGAGGAGAACGUUGUUUAUUUUCAUAUUUUAUCUGCAAGAUGCCACCAGAAAAUUUGGAGAGGCCAUUCAUUUUUCAAAAUAUUUAAAAUAGAAACAACAUUGGAAGUGUAGUGGGCAAGACUAAUGUACAAACUACAGCAUCUUUUUGUUUGUUUGUUUCAUAAUUUGCAGUAUCUUCAAUCUUUGUUUGCAUGGAAUGCUUUUGUUAAGUAUUAAUUGUAGUUUCAAAGCAAGUGUGUAUGAAUAAAAAUACUGAUCAUUA